CCCCAAACUGUUGACAUGCCAAAUUAUCAACAUGGCUAUCAUUGGGAAUUUUGCUAUUGUGCUAAUAGUGCCCUACAUCCACUGUUUAGUAGAUUUGGCGGUUCGGCAGGCGACAACGCCUAUCACCAGGUUUGGUGAAUCCCUUUCCUGGGACAGCGAAAAGCAAGCCAUAUAUUUGGUGGACGUGCUGGGCAGUACGGUAUACCAGCACGUCUAUGGGUCCAAUGCAACCACAUCCACCAAAAUCGAUUCUGAAACGAUAGGAGCGGCCAUACCCAUCAGAGACAGAAUUGGUGAGUUUAUCGUUCCUGCGAACCAGGACGUACUGAAACUAGAAUGGGAUGGAACUCACGAUACUGGCAAGGUGACCAAAUUAAAUAUAAAUUUUGAAUUUGCAAACAAUGAGCAAUUUUACUCAGCUAAAGCUGAUGCCAAGGGUAGAUUGUGGGUUGGAACGUACCAAGUGAUAAACAGGGAGAAGUAUGAGUUUGUUAAGGGCGGGGGUUCGUUGUACAUGAUCACCAUAAAAGAAAAUUCGGUCGAAAUCGAAAAAAAGUUGAGCAAUUUAACUUUUCCGACUGGUUUAGAUUGGACCUCUGAUAACCGUUUCAUGUACCAUGCCGACAUUACGGAGAGAAAAAUUAAGAAGUACACAUUUGACAUCGACAGCGGCGAUCUGGGCGACUGGGAAGUUUUCUUCGAUCUGGCAGACCAUCCGCACCUCUCAGGUAGUAUCGACGGAUUAAUAGUGAAAAAUAACCUCGUAACAUUUGCCUUAUACCAUGGUAGCGCUUUGGUAGACGUGGACCAAGAUACCAGGAAAAUAAUCUACGUCGUGCCCACCCCGGUACCACAACACACGUCCUUGGUGGUAGGUGGUCCUCAUCUUGAUACUGUUUACGUGGCGUCUUCUGACUUUCUGCUGACCGAAGACGAAAAGCAGUUGAACCCGUUCGAUUCGCAAGCCGUGUUUGCUUAUACAGGAUUACGCUAUUGGGGUGUAGCUUCGCAUAAAGUUUCAUUACGUUGAUGAUAUACUUGUUCCGUGACCCAAUAACGUAAUAAAAAUAUUUAGUAAUAUCAA